AUUACGAACGGCGUACCCCUUCAACGCAGUAUCAUUUGUACGUCACGAACGUAUGCCAACCCGUCAGCCACCAAUUUCGGGAAGCAUGUAUAAGUUGAUGUUGACCUACAGCGUAGCGGAUCGGAGCCUAUUUUAAUGAGCUACUGACCGAUAUUCUCAUAUCCGAUACUUCAGAACGCGGCAUCCUCCAUGUCAAGUAUCGAUAUGGGUUGGGUACAGUACACCGAAGCCUACGAGCUAGCCGGAUCUGACAGAUAAUUUGAAGGCCAUUAAUUUUACCUCAUUGUUCUCCUGCAACUAACUGGUAAUAGACGUUCGAGUUCGGCUGCGGCGGGCCAUCAUGUCACAACCCGCCCCUACUUCGUCGAGAUUGUUUAAUGAAGUCGUCUAGUAUAGCUGCUUGGAAGGUGCUGCGCUCUGGAAUCUAUAGAGAAAUACAUUGGAGUGUGAUGAACUCGCCUAUGUACAUGUAAUAACUCGGUCAAGAAAGGUGAUGGUUUGCAGAUACUAGAGGAUGCACUGCGCUAGCGCUAUUCAUUUGGAUUCGUAGGAUCGGAUCAGCAUGGCAAAGCUGUGUGAAAGGAGGAAAUGCGGACGCCCUGUCCAAUUCCUGGCAUUUGCGUGCGUCUGCUCGGUAGCGCUGGUCUACCAAUUUGGUUUAUACGUCAUGCGGCAUGAAAGCAAAGGAAGUAGUCAUCAUGGUCGUCGGUAUCUGCAGCUAACCCGUCGUGAUGAACAGCCACUUUGCGUCCAACCCAAAUACGAAAUGUAUCCGUCCGCGAAGUUCCACCACGUCUUCAGGAACAUCUCGAAACCUCUCUGCCCAGGGACAAAUUGGGUAAAAAUAAAUGGUGGUGCUUUCGAGAUUUCGGAGUUUGCGAAAACAAAGUUUGGUCAUAAUAUCACCUGCGAUUAUUACCCGCUUAUGAGGGGUAAACGAGAUUUUGAUCAAUACUUUGGACCACCGGUUAGCAAUAUUCAGGAUGGUGCAAAAGUUACUAGUGUUGCAUCAAAGGUGUCUUGUUCUGCUGAUGGUAUGCGUUACGAGAACUACCAUCUGACCAUCCCAAACGAUAGCCAUAUGCAGCGACGUGCCCAAGAAGUGAAACUCCCGCAAGGGGCGCUUGGGAUGAAUGUACUCAUGUUUGGGUUCGAUUCCACCUCACGGAUGACCUGGCAGCGAAAACUUCCGAAAUCAUACGCCUUCAUGAUAGAUGUGUUGAAAUGCAUUGUUCUGGAGGGGUAUAAUAUUGUUUCCGACGGUACGCUUGGUGCACUGUUGCCAAUUUUGACGGGAAAGGGCGAGAAGGAAUUGCCUGAUGUUGCCAAGGGACACGAGGUGGCGGGUACGCUGGAUGGCUUCCCGUGGAUUUGGAAAGACUUCAAAGAUGCGGGAUAUGUCACGCAGUGGACUGAAGACACAUCUAAGGGGGGAACAUUUAACUGGAGAAUGAAUGGGGUGAAGCAACAGCCUAUGGAUUUACACGCAUUUGACUUUUACGCGGAGGUUGAGACAAAAUAUAGGAAAUUCGAACCGUAUUGUUUAGGUGCGGAACUCAGACAUAAUGUGCAGAUGAAUUGGGUUACGGAUUUCCUCAAUGUUUUUAAACAUCAGAGGAUAUUUUCGUUUGGAUUCCAUUCUGAGUGUUCUCACAAUGACAAUAAACCAUUGAAUAUAGUUGAUGAUGACUUAAAGGCCUGGCUACAGAUGCUCUUAAUCAAAGGAUACUUAAACAAUACUAUGCUGAUACUGAUGAGCGACCAUGGGGCGAGGUUCCAGAGCGAGAUUAGAGAGACGGUCCAGGGUCGGCAGGAGGAACGAAACCCAUUUUUCUCCUUUCGUCUCCCGGAGUGGUUCAAACAAAAACAUCAACGCGCUUUCCAAAAUCUCCUCAUUAACUCGAAGCGUCUUGUAACACCUUUCGAUAUCCAUGCAACGUUUCAUCACAUUCUUAACUUCCGUGAUAUCGCAGUUGGUAACCUCUCAGAUCGAGGCAUCAGCCUUUUUUCCAAAAUUCCAGCUUCUCGGACAUGCAAAAAUGCAAAAAUCGCUCCACAUUUUUGCAACUGCUUGAGAUGGGAGUCAAUUCCGACCAAUUCCUCUGCUGUUAAAAAAGCUUCGCAGGCCUUUAUAGACUUGGCAAACUCUUUGACGAAACCUCUUGGGGAAAAGUGUCAGUUGUUAGAAAUAGAAAGCAUCAAAGAGUGCUUCGCCUUCACACCUGAAAAGAAACUUCUUGAGAGAAAAACGAUUACAAAAAAUUAUAUCAUCAUUUACCAUCUGACGCUUUAUACCAAGCCUGGAGGUGGCCAUUUUGAAGUCACUGUUAAACACAACUUGGAAAAGAAUAGUUAUACUCUGGAUAGAAGUGAUGUGAGUCGCGUCAACACAUUCGGGACUGCAGCAGACUGCAUGGUUGACGAACAGCCUGGUCUUGCGUGGUAUUGCGUGUGCAAAAAUUCCAGAUAAAAGAGAAUACGGGGA